AUGGAAUCAAUCCAUAGCCAGACAGAGGCAACGGAGGAGGCUAAGAGCCUCAUCCGACACCAAGUGUUGUCCCUCCUAAUGGCCCACAGGCCGCGGGAAGUGCUUUCCAAGGUCGAACGUGAUGCGCUUAGAGAACUCAAGGCCGACAAAGACCUGGUCAUCGUGCCAGCGGACAAAGGACGCGCCACAGUUGUACUGGACAGGACAGACUACCUUCAAAAAGCCAAAGGUUUGCUGGAGGAUCGACACUUCCAUGUCCCAUGUGCAACGAACCCUGUAAAAGCGCUGACACGCGAAACUAAUGCUACGUUGUUGGCCUUGGAGAACUCAGGUGCAAUAACACCGACCGACAGACGCAUGGCGAGACCCCAAGAUACGGCUUUGGCCCGAUUCUAUGGCCUCCCUAAGGUGCACAAAGACGGCGCUCCUCUCCGACCCAUCGUGUCGCUCAAAGGGACUCCAACGUACGGACUGGCGAAGUGGCUGUUUUGGCGUCUCAAGUUCCUGACCGCUGAGUCAGACAUCACGGCCUCUUCGUCAGCACAAUUCCUGGAGAAACUCCAAGGGGUAAGCCUCCAUUUAAAUGAGGUCAUGGUAUCUUUUGAUGUUACAUCCCUUUUUACUUCUAUUCCCCAGGACCUGGCGAUCGAGACAAUUGAACUGCUACUACAAAGCAAAUACGAUGAAACGGAGAAUCGUCUUGGACGCGCCCCAGUCCUUCAGCUCCUGAAGUUCUGUCUCAGGACGUACUUCACGUUCGACGGGACAAUCUACGAACAAGUGAAGGGCACACCAAUGGGUUCGCCGAUUUCGGGGUUCAUCGCCGAGGCGGUCCUGCUACGGUUAGAGUUGCUGGUCUUCCAACACCACAAACCGAAGUUCUGA